AUGUUUACUGAUUGCUCCUCCUCCACAACGUCGCGUCUCAUCCAUUUAUACAACCGCAAUGGUGUUUUCCUCCCCCGCCCGAGCGUCAGCCAAUUCAGCUUACGGACAACUGCGUCUACUUGGCGCUGCACUCUCUCCAUUCGCUCCUCUUCUUCUCCAUCUGCGAUUGUAAUUGAUGGAAAGGCUGAGGCCAAAAAGAUUAGAGAUGAUAUCAAAAUCGAAGUUUCAAGAAUGAAGGAAUCAAUCGGUGUGGUUCCUGCUGAAGAUUCAUCAGAAGAAGAGGUGUUGAAAUAUGUAUCAGGAUUCAAUGAUGAUCCUUCUGUUCACGGAGUCCUUGUUCAGUUGCCUCUACCAUCGCAUAUGGAUGAACAGAACAUAUUGAAUGCGGUUAGUAUAGAGAAGGACGUUGAUGGAUUUCACCCGCUAAAUAUUGGACGGCUUGCCAUGCGUGGUAGAGAACCUUUAUUCGUUCCAUGUACUCCAAAAGGAUGCAUCGAGUUGUUGCACAGAUACAACAUUGAAUUCAAAGGCAAAAGAGCAGUUGUUAUUGGAAGGAGUAACAUUGUUGGUAUGCCAGCUGCUCUGUUGCUGCAGAAGGAGGAUGCAACCGUUAGCAUUAUCCAUUCAAGAACCAUGAACCCUGAAGAACUCACAAGACAAGCUGAUAUCCUAAUCUCAGCUGUUGGGAAACCAAACAUGGUCAGAGGAAGCUGGAUAAAACCGGGUGCAGUCCUCAUCGAUGUUGGGAUUAAACCUGUUGAGGAUCCAAGUGCUGCCGGUGGAGAGCGGUUGGUUGGAGACAUUUGCUAUGUGGAGGCUAGCAAAAUUGCAUCAGCCAUCACACCUGUUCCUGGUGAUGUAGGACCAAUGACCAUAGCCAUGCUUCUAUCCAACACUUUAACAUCAGCCAAGAGAAUUCACAACUUCCAGUGA